CACACCCACACCCACACUCCAAAGCACAACCUCCACACCAGCAACGACAUGUCUCAGUCCGCGAGCCUUCCCCCCGCGAGCAGGCCCUACUUUGAAGGCACCGAGUACGCGCCGCUGCUCGCGCAGGACGCGCGGUUCCACGAGUGGUGCCGCGAGGACGAGUACCACGCCGCGCGCCUCGUCAAGCCCGACCCCGUCGUCGACCAUGUGAUCAGGAAUACCAAGGAGAAGGGGCUGCCGGCGAUCUUCAUCAGCCCCAUGCAGGGCAAGUUCUUGGGGAUCAUGGUGAAGGUGACCGGCGCGAGGCGCGUGCUGGAGCUGGGCACGCUCGGCGGGUUGUCCGCGAUCUACAUGGCGCGCGCCCUCCCUGCCGACGGGCAGCUCGUCACCCUCGAGUACAGCCCCAAGCACGCCGAGGUAGCGAAGGAGAACAUCGCGCACGCGGGGCUGUCCUCCAAAGUGCAGAUCAUCGUCGGCGACGGCAGCGCGAGCCUGGAGAAGCUCCGCGCGGACGGCGCGCCGCCGUUCGACAUGGCGUUCAUCGACGCGGACAGCGAGCACGUCGCGGACUACGUGCGCCUCGCCAAGCCGCUCCUGCGCCAGGGCGCGCUCGUCCUCGUGGACAACAUGGUCAACGCGGGCUGGGUCUCCGACCCCAGCGUCACCGACGACACGCGCGUCGCGGGCGUGCGCCGCCUGCUCGAGCAGCUCAAGGACGACGCGGAGCUUGAGGCGACGACCGUCCAGACCGUCGGGGUGCGCUACUGGGACGGGUUCCUCGCGGCCGUCAAGCUCUGA